CAUAACCUCAUAUGUUUUUCGGAUGAUGUGGAUAACAAGAUAUUUUUAUUAGUGAAAUAAACGAUUUUAUUGAUAAUAAACUAUAGACUGAAAGUCAAUGAGUGGAAUAAUAAAGAGACAUGUCUUUCCUUCAAGACUCCAUAGUGAUUUUUGCAUCUCAGGUAGUAUAACUUCAAUUUUAUACUGAAAUUAGUAUUGCACAAUUGCUCUGAUUUUAUUUCAGGUAGCAUUUUUUGUCGGAGCAUGGAUCUUUUUCAUGAAACAGUUAUUUAAGGAUUACGAAGUUCGUCAUGUUAUGGUACAACUGAUUUUCUCAAUUACACUUACACUUUCAUGCACGAUGUUCGAACUAAUCAUUUUUGAAAUAUUAGAAGUCUUGGAUUCCAGCUCUCGGUACUUCUAUUGGUACCUCAUGUUGUAUCUGCUUCUAUUUGUUGUAAUAGUAUUGAAUCCAUUUUAUAUUGGGUAUUAUUGCAUAAGCAAUGUUAGAUACGUUAAACCUGAAUAUAUCAAGCAUUUAACUGUACUGAUAUGGAUAGGGUUUUUGAUCAUAUUCUGGAAAAUAGGAGACCCAUUUCCAAUUUUGAGCCCCAAACAAGGCAUCUUAUCUAUGGAGCAAUUGGUUUCAAGGAUAGGAGUCAUUGGGGUAACAGUUAUGGCAGUUUUAUCUGGUUUUGGUGCUGUAAACUAUCCAUACACAUCAAUGACCUACUUUAUGAGAGAUGUGACAGAAGCUGACAUAUUAAAUAUUGAAAAGAGACUCCUACAAACUAUGAAUAUGAUAAUAAGCCGGAAGAAAAAGAUAGCUAUUGCUAAGAGACAAAACACAGAAGGUGUUGAAUCUCCACAAAGAAGAGGGAUUUGGGGUAUUCUAUCAUCUGUGGGUAUUAACAGGGGUCAAGAAAACAUUUCUCAGCUAAAGCUAGAAAUUGAAGGGUUUGAAGAAUUAAGCAGAACUCUAUUUUUGGAGUUGCAUGAAAGCCGUAAUAUGCUGGAGAGGAUAGAAUGGUCAAAGACCUGGAAAGGCAUUUACUUCAACUUUCUAGGUUAUAUAUUCUCUGGAUACUGCCUAUGGAAAAUAUUCAUUUGUACUGUAAACAUUGUGUUUGAUAGAGUCGGAAAGAAAGAUCCAGUGACAAGAGGGAUAGAGAUUGCUGUCCACUGGAUGGGCUGGGAUUUUGAUGUAAACUUUUGGUCUCAACAAGUGUCAUUCUAUUUAGUUGGAUGCAUUGUAGUUACAUCCAUUAGAGGGUUCAUUAUUACCCUAACCAAGUUCUUCAACCGGAUGUCAUCAAGCAAGAGCUCGAACAUAAUAGUGCUGGUGUUAGCGCAAAUAAUGGGCAUGUACUUCAUAUCAUCGGUGCUUCUACUUCGGAUGAAUAUGCCUCUUCAGUACCGUACCAUUAUCACUAAAGUGUUGGGUGCCUUACAGUUCAACUUCUAUCACCGAUGGUUUGACGUCAUAUUCCUUGUCAGCGCGAUCGGGAGCAUCGUGACUUUGUACUUGGCACAUAAACAGCCGAUUAAAGAAAGUGUGUGAUUAUUUUUAUAUUGUACAUAAUAUUUGUAAUACAAGAUUAUAAGUUUUUUGUAUCUUCUAAUACUCAAAUAUAACAUGCUAGAAA